AUGCAGCUCUUAUUGCUAAUGCUCUCAUCCGUUGCAAUUGCGAGUGCGCAGACGGAAGAAUGGUGUCGGUGCGCAGCUUUCGUAACUUACGAGCGCACCGAAAUCAUGGUUUACGAAGCAGCGGAAGUGCCCAUUACAGCGUGCGAUGCAGUUGCAGCGGAAGAAUGCAAAGCUGGUUGCGUUGCGGAGCUCUCUACCGCCAGUGACAAUGGCGACCUUUGGCACAUCACCAAAAAAGGAAUUACCAUUGGUCAGUACAUCUGCAGCUACCUUGCGAAGCAACUUUUCUAUUACCUGCACAAUCACAGGGUCUACGGAUACUACGAAGUAUGUGGCGGCGCUUGGCAGUACGCUGACAUCCAAUCUCAGCAGAUGCUGUGCUGUGUUGCAGGUAAACACGAACAUUGUGUGUCUGAUGAAACUAUGAACUCGGGCGAGCACUGAUUAAAAGAGGUGAACGAAGCCUACUUCAAGA